AUGGAGGCACGCUAUCAACUUUCCAAUGACUCCUCAAACACUUCAGUUCCUAUUUUCAUGGGCCUGGACCUCCUCUUUGAACUGAAACCCCUCUUCAUUCCUCUCUAUGCCAUCCUAGUGACUGUGGCCUGCACAGGAAAUUUCUUGCUGGUCCUUCUCAUUGGUUUCACCAAAAAGUUGCAUUGUACCACUAACUUCCUUAUUGGGAACUUGGCAACAGCUGACCUGAUUAUGUGCCUUUUCUGUGUCCCACUGACUGCCUCUUAUGCAUUUGAGGUUCGGGGAUGGCUCUUUGGGAUAUUCAUGUGCUACUUUGUCACCCUCAUGCAAGUGACUACGGUGUUUGUUUCUGUCCUGUCCCUCACGGCUAUUGCUGUGGAUCGAUAUAUCGUUGUUGCAUAUCCCAUUCGCAAAAGGAUAAGAUGCAAGUCCUGUGUCUACAUUGUGGCCUUCAUUUGGUUGCUGUCCAUUGUAUUAUCUAUACCCACAUCGAUGCGUACCCAUUAUUUGGAUCUCAACAGUAUUGGCCAUGACAUGAUUAUCUGUGAAGAAUUCUGGAAGCACCAGGAGACAGAGAGGUUAAUGUAUUCUUGCUUGAUGCUCCUGUUGUCAUACAUGCUGCCACUUUCUGCUGCUUCUAUCUCUUACUGUGCCAUUUUAUACCACCUCCGGAACAGAAAUGUCCCAGGAGCUGUAUAUCAUAACAAAGAGAAAUGGGCCAAAAAGAAGCAGAAGACUUUUCGGAUGCUGGUCAUCUCAGUCAUGUGUUUUGCUGUUUGCUGGCUGCCUCUUCAGAUGGUUAACCUGAUCAGAGAUAUUGAUGAAGAUUUUACAAUUCUAGACAAGAGGUAUGUGAAUGUCAUUCAAGUGUCCUGCCAUGUGAUUGCAAUGAGCUCUGCGUGCUUCAAUCCAUUCAUCUAUGCCUCUCUCCAUGACAAGUUCCGACUCCACAUUAAAAACUACUUUUAUUACAAGAAGAAGUCAAGCAUCAUGUCCCGCAAGACUUCCCGGCUCAAUACCUGCUCGACUUUGGCAGAGAUCCCUGUGGGUGUAACAGAGAACAUUGCUCUGCAAGGGAAAUUUCCUUUUAAUGCAAAUGCUGAAACUAUACAAAUGUGA